UAGAAAUCCUGAGUCAUCCAAUUUAUAGGAUUUUUUAUGUUUCUCAUGAUAGCAAUGAUUUGAAAAUAUUUAGUUACAUUGCUAGAGACGGGAGCAGUGAUGUUUUCAAAUGUUGUGUUUUUAAAACCAAUAAAAAGGGUUGCAUCGUAUUCUAAAUAUAUACUCUAUUUUGAUUUUGCCGCUAAAAUGAUACGAAAAUGGCAGCGUUUAUGAUGAAAUAUAAUUAUACUCGAGACAAUAAAGGCGAUACGAUGCAACACAACGAAAUAUGACAAAUGGAGUGCAAGUGUGGUCCCUCAACGAUAAAUAAUUUAAAAUCCUUUGUAAUAUAAGUGAAUAAUUGAAAAAUGAUAAAGCAAAAAACAGAAGAAAUGCAACUUGAAAGCGGCGAUCCCCUGAAAUCUCCAAGUAGUAAGCGUAAAAAUGAAUCGACACUUCGUCAACUACAGAACGAUGUCAUGGGAAAAGCUCGUUCUACACUUAGCAGCUUGGGUGAUGUUCUGAAAGUAGGAAAAAAUGUCGGUGGGAGUUCAUCAAUACCCAGUCAAUACCAAGAACAUCAGCAAAGAACUGGUACAGGAGAUUUGUUUUUGGAAAGCCCCGAACAACAUUUUGUUACGCCUCCUCGGAGUCCCAAAACACCCAAAGAUAAAAGUUCCUUAGACUUUUUUCCUUGGUCAAAAAGUAAAGCUAAAGAUAAUUCAAAGAAUACAAAACGGGAAAAAAUCAAAACUCAACAAUCCCAACUUAGUGACGUUCAUGAAGAAGAUGUCGAAGAUGAGGAUAAUAAAAAAUCUCAUACUGGCAAUAUUUCUGCCAAAGGAAAAACACCAGUGACUGGUACUGUUAAAAAGAAAUUAAUCAAUGAUAACAGUGUAAUUCGCCAUCAAACUCAGAAAAGUAAAUAUUCAUCUGAGUUUGUAGAAUCUUCCGAUGAUUUCAAAUAUGAAAGUGAGUUCAGUCGUUCUAUGGAAGAUGGAAUACAGUAUGCAUCCCGAGAAAGCGUUCAGGGCAAUGAAAAAUAUUAUGAAUGCAGGCCGAAAUCAUACAAUGAAAAAUAUGCACAAAAUGUUGAGUUCAUGUAUAAUGAACAGCAAGAACAAGCCUCAAAAUCUAAUCGAAAAAUUUCGAAUUUGUCGAGUCCAUCUUCAGUAAAACAUAUUUUGUUCAAUGAAGAAAAUGAUAUCCUGUAUUAUAAGGACAAUCAUCGGCCAUCAAAAAACAAAACGUUAGGAGACCAUCACGCUAGAGAAAAACAAAAGUGUGUUCCAGUAAAGUCCUCUACAGGCAGAGAUUCGUGGAAAGUACAAGAUGUAACUCCGAUACCUAUUAGGAAAGUAUCCAAAGAUGAAAAAUCCAAUCUCCCAUUAUCAAACAAUGCCAUGGUUUCUCAAGUAAACACGGAAUCAUAUUCUUCAAAAGCCAAUACUAAAUUUCAACGAACAACAGUCAACACAGAGGAUAAUUCGAGAAAUAGUCAAAGACCGAGUGCAAGGCUUACUUUAGCAAGAGGUUAUUCAGUGGAUUGUAGGAAUAGUAAUUCUAAACUUGAUACAAACAAAUAUGGGGAAGCAAGCGAAAGUCGUAGUACAAAAGAUCCCCAGAUUGAAAAUGAGCCCGUUGACAGAAGGUGCUCAAAAAAAAUUUGUUUUCAAGAACCAACUUACGACAAUAGAAAUAAAUGUGAAACACUCCCACGUAGUCGAAAAACUUCAAAAAAAAUUGAUGCCAAUGAUUACUUAGAUUUUGAUAUGCUUAGACCUCGAAGUGGAAGCCUUGAUUCAGAUCUUGAGUCUCAAGCGAUGCGUAUUGUUCGCACAGUAGGACAAGCAUUCGAAGUAUGUCACAAAUUAUCCAUACAAGACAGUGGGGGCAACAUGGACGAAAAUUCGGAGACAUCUAACUGUGAUUUUUCUGAGCAGGAUAGAAUUUCCGACAAAGUUAGUGACGAUGGAGAUUUUAAAAAAGACAUUGCAGCAGAUGCAGAGGAUUUGCCACAAAUAAAUGCAUCAGCAAAUAUGGAUUUAGACAUUUUACCACAAACGAAACCAACGUCGCAAGAACAUCAAAAAGAACUCAUGCCUGAAAAUAUACCUCUGUCAUCAUCAAAUGAAAUUGUAUCACUCAAAGAACAAUUAGAACAACAACAAAUACAGUGCAGACAGAUAGUUGCACAGUUGGUAUUGGUACGAGAACAGCUGAUAACAGAAACAAAUGCAAGAAUUGAAUCACAGGCUCGCAACCAACAACUAUUACAACAGAAUCGAGAACUUUUGGAACACAUUGCAUCACUUGGUGGUUAUCAUGAACCUGAUCGACCUGGAAUGUCAACGACAAUUGGAUUAGCACCACAGUAUUCUUUAUUUCAGAAUCACCAAGGACUAGGAGAUAUAAUUAAUAUGGGAGGAUUAGGUUCACACUAUGCAUCUGUACAACACCUAAAUAAUGCUAAUCAGGCGGCAAUGGCUGCAAUGCAACAACCAAUCAACAAGAAUAACUCUUCUACAUAUUCUCAAAUGAGUAAACUUCAAAACAUGCAUUCAAAUGUACAAAAUUCUAACAACAUGAUGGGUACACAAGUUUCUUCUUUGGCUGCACAAGAAUUCUAUAGAUUAAAUCAAAAUAUUCUAAAUCAACUGACCAAUCCCAGUUAUACCUCGGUAUUUCCCUCGAUCUCGCCAUGUUCUUCAAAUGCCAGUCAACUGCAGUCAAAAGGAUUUGUAUUUGCUAAUCAAAAUGCUGCAGGAUUCAAUAACAAUAUUCUAACUUCAGAUGUUAAAUCAGCAGCAAAUAAUGAAGAUAAAGGAAAAAAUGAAGUUCUACUAAACCAAACCAAACAUACAGCAAAGAGUGCUAUUUCGGAUACAUUAUCUAAAUCUAAAACCGAUCAUGCAAUCGAAGAUAGUAAACAAGACGAGAACUCAAACUCUGAAGGUUCUCAGUUUAUCAAGCCAUUAUCACAAGUUGGAACACUUACAACAAUGGAUGCCGAGGGCAAAGUUAAAGUUAUAGUACCUGUAACUUGCAAUGAACAAUUAAUCGUUCCUACAAUGAUGGGUCGAAAAUCAACGUCCUUCUCAGAAAUAUCUGCAAGUACUGAAAGUAGCACUAAAAACAUGACAACAACUAAAGAAUCGAAGGAAAAGAAAUCCUCCAUUCCAAGCUUGGUGACUCUGAAAGUAACAGAUGAGAGUGGUACUAUAACCAGAAGACUUCCAGCUACCCCAAGUUUUAUCACACGUACUACUAGUGAAAAAGUACCAAAUCGUAGUCAAAUAAUGAGUCAGGUACAGAGAACACAAUGGGCACGACAUACCACCAAAUAGUAUGAUUAGUAGAAGAAUAAUGACAGUUGUAGAUAACGUUUUUCACUUAUUUCAAACCAUCUAGAACAUAUCUUGAAUUGCAUAGUACAACACAUAA